AUGCCUACAUGUAAUAUCAGCAAAAGCUCAGAUCAGGGGCAGAUACUUAAAAGGUAUCAUCUAAUCGUCUGGGAUGAAUGCACCAUGGCUCACAAGGGAACUUUGGAAGCAUUAGAUAGAGCCCUGAAAGACAUCCGAGACUGUCAGGCUCUAAUGGGAGGUGUAACACUUCUGUUGUCAUGUGAUUUCAGGCAAACUCUUCCUGUCAUUCCGAAAGGAACUAGAGCAGAUGAGGUUCAAGCAUGCCUAGAGUCCUCUGCCCCGUGGCAUCAUGUUACGAUCCUCAGUCUUACUACUAUCACGAGAGCUCAGCUACACGGUUACCAAAUGUCUGCAAAGUUUGCACAGAACAUUUUGACACUUAGUGAUGGCAAAGUGCCUCUUGAUGCUGCAGGAGAAAUGGAAGUGUGGCCAUUUUCCUCUGUUGUUAAUUCUGUAGAUGAACUCAAACAGAAAGUCUUUCCCAGCUUCACAGAAAACUACCAAAAUCACAAUUGGUUGUGUGAAAGAGCAAUAUUAGCUCCAAAAAACGUCACUGUUAAAAGAAUAAAUCAACAGCUAAUGCAUUCUCUUCCCGGCACUCUUCACACUUACAAGUCUGUUGAUACAAUUCCAGAUAAAAAUGAAAUGGUGAACUAUCCUCCUGAAUUUCUCAAUUCGUUGGAGCUUCCUGGAUUACGUCCCCACAUAUUAGCACUUAAAGUUAGAACUCCUAUCUAA